AUGUCUGACCACAAUGAAAAAUAUCCCGGUUACGAAAAACUUACUUCAUAUUUGAGCCGAUAUGAAAAUAAAUCCUUCUGGGGUUUUUUGCUUUGUUGUCGAGACACAAUCGUCAACAUCACUUCAGCUACUGCCGCUGGUAUGACCUUAACAACUCCUGGUCGCGGUCGCGGUUUGACUAAGGGAGAACUACUGGGUAUGACUGCUUG